CGUUGGCGCGAUGAAGUAAUGAAGUAAAAGAGGAGUAAAGAUGGCGGAGAACAGCGGCACGGAUCCGGCCGUGGAGACGAACACCGAGGAAAAUGCCACCCCUAGCGCGACUAUCAUCAAAGUCACCGUCAAAACACCCAAGGAUAAAGAAGAAAUAGCCAUCGCCGAAGAUUCAUCGGUUGCACAGUUUAAAGAAGAAAUUUCCAAAAGAUUUAAGGCGAAGCAGGACCAGUUGGUUCUGAUUUUUGCCGGUAAGAUUUUGAAAGAUGGAGACACGCUCAAUCAGCAUGGCAUAAAAGACGGACUCACAGUUCACCUGGUCAUCAAAACCGCACAGAAGGCUACAGGUGCUGGUAGUUCGCCGACAUCUGCCUCUUCUGGCCCUGAAUCAUCACAGGGCAACAAUGCCGGCACCACUAACCCCAUCCCUGCUGGCAACGUGGGCACAUCCCAGGGAGGACCGUCCCCUGCCCCGUCACAGCCAGCCAAUAUACUCACUGGGUUUGGUGACCUGUCAGGCCUGGCCAAUCUCGGAAUGGGCUCCGCCAACUUCAUGGAACUUCAGCAGCAGAUGCAGCGACAGCUCAUGUCCAACCCAGAGAUGUUGUCUCAGAUCAUGGAGAACCCGCUUGUGCAGAGCAUGAUGUCCAAUCCUGACCUGAUGAGACAGAUGAUCGUGGCCAAUCCACAAAUGCAGCAACUAAUGGAACGUAACCCAGAGAUUUCGCAUAUGCUUAACAACCCAGAGCUUAUGAGACAGACAAUGGAGUUGGCACGGAACCCAGCAAUGAUGCAAGAGAUGAUGCGUAACCAGGAUCGGGCGCUUAGCAACUUAGAGAGUAUUCCCGGUGGUUACAACGCUCUUCGGAGGAUGUACACAGACAUACAGGAACCUAUGUUUAGUGCUGCACGUGAACAGUUUGGAAAUAACCCCUUCUCAGCCUUGGGUGGAACUGAUAGCUCGGGGAUACAGCCUUCUAGGACAGAAAACCGAGAGCCCCUACCAAAUCCCUGGAGCCCCCCUGACGCCAACUCCACUGGGACAGCUACCACCACCAGCUCUACAACAACCUCGACCACACCCAGCGUGUCCAACCCUCUGGGAAUUGGUAGUUCUAGCCUUGGCAACGGUAUGUUCAACAGUCCUGGCAUGCAGAGUCUCAUGCAACAGAUCUCUGAAAACCCUCAGUUGAUGCAGAACAUGCUGUCCGCCCCAUACAUGCGUACUAUGAUGCAGUCCCUAUCCCAGAAUCCUGACGUUGCCUCGCAGGUGUUGAUGAACAACCCUCUCUUUGCUGGAAAUCCACAGCUACAGGAUCAAAUGAGACAGCAGCUUCCUGUUUUCCUACAGCAGAUGCAGAACCCAGAAGCCCUUUCUGUCAUGACCAAUCCUCGAGCCAUGCGAGCCCUAAUGCAGAUCCAGGAGGGAUUGCAAACUCUUCAAACCGAAGCCCCUGGUCUCAUGCCAAGUUUGGCGCCUGGUGGUGUCCCAGGUGGAAUUCCAGGUGGCAUCCCAGUUGGCAUCCCAGGUGUAAACGUGACCCCUGAGAAUGCUCCGCCCCCCACCCAGGGCCCCACCCCUGCUGCGGGUACUAAUCCCACCCAGCAGCAGCUCAUGCAGCAGAUGUUACAGAUGUUCGCCGGAGGUGGAGGAAGUGCAUCGACUCAGACUCCAGAAGUGCGUUUCCAACAACAGCUGGAGCAGCUGAGUGCCAUGGGCUUCAUCAACAGAGAAGCCAACCUUCAGGCCCUCAUCGCCACCGGGGGCGACAUCAACGCCGCCAUCGAAAGACUACUCGGCUCCCAGCCUUCCUAAUUCCACCGAGAGCAGAGCGCAAAUGGAGACAAUAAAUGAACAUAGUCCUUCAUCACAUAAAAUCUGACAAGCCCUGCCUAGACAGAAGUCCAAUUACUUCUCGUCUUUUUUUUCUUUCUUUGUCGCUUCGAUUGUUUGAUCUCUGAAUCAUAAGCAAAUGGGUUUCAAAUUUGUUUCAUUGAACAAAAAAAUAAACCACAAUCGCUGUGAAACAACCUCACACUAACCCCUCAUCACUAGUAAGAUGAGACAAAGCUUACAUUUGCUGAAACAAGUUUAGGCUACCAUUCCUAACAAUUUAAACAUACUCACGUGAGGGCACUACUCACUGGUUAGGGGAGUUAAAACUAUAUGCUAGAAUUCCUAGGCCAGAGUAAUUCUUGUCUUUUGUGAGAAUGCUUGGGUUUUCUUCAUUUCUCCUCGGUUUCUCCUAAAUCAUGCCUGAUCGAACCAGUAUUUAUUGCAAAAAUGUAGAGCUUACUCUUUACUCCUUUUCCGCCCCUCUUCGGUUCACUUUGAUUUGAGAGUUCUUCAACAUUUGUUGUGUUAAUUGGAAUCUAAUAGAUAUGACCAUGUUCAAGCACUAUAACACAAUGACUCUGAUCGCUUACACUUCAAGUUGUUUUAGAAAGGAAUGAAUUUUGGAAGUGAUAUUCAAUGUGAAGUCAUCUCUUCGUUUACCUCCGCAAGGAGUGUAAACGAGACAACGGUGAAAGUUUGUCAUGUGGGGAAGGUUGUAACGAAGCGUCAAUAAAAUAUUUCUCAGCUUAACAAGCAA